GAUUGGGUUUUUUUUCCCAGGAAAGUCGAAACGAUUAACUGUUUCUAAUAUACCAUUGUUAAUAAAAACUAGAUUUUAUUUUAAACCAACAUCCUUAUUUUUGUGCUCAUAUUUUAGGCCGUUAACCUUCUUACGUAAUUUCUAAACGUUUAGGAAAUGUUUCUUACCGACUAAUAUUCAACGCGCAUGUCAUAUGCAUGGACGUGUUUCAGCUUUUUAAAACUUGUUCAUAUAUUCAGCGUGAAUCCUCAUCUCGGCCCACUCCAGAUUUCCCUCGGGAGAAUGAUAAUAGACAUUAUCAAGUUCUUUUUUAUCUACACCUUGGUGCUGUUUGCCUUUGGCUGCGGCAUGAAUCAGUUGAUGUGGUAUUAUGCGGAUUUAGAGAAGAAAAAAUGUUAUCACGAGUCGGAUGAAUUGCCAGAUUUUGACAAUCAGGAGAAAGCCUGCUCCAUAUGGAGGAGAUUCGCCAACUUGUUCGAGACAUCGCAAUCUCUCUUUUGGGCAAGUUUCGGCAUGGUCGAUUUAAUGUCGUUCGACUUGACGGGCAUUAAGAGCUUCACACGAUUCUGGGCACUCCUCAUGUUCGGUUCUUACUCCGUAAUAAACGUCAUUGUGCUGUUAAAUAUGCUGAUCGCUAUGAUGUCUAAUUCAUAUCAAAUCAUUUCGGAAAGAUCUGACACAGAAUGGAAAUUUGCCAGGAGCCAUUUAUGGAUGAGUUAUUUCGAGGAUGGUGAUAUCGUACCAUCGCCAUUUAAUAUGAUUCCGACGAAUAAAACUUUCCAAAAAUUAUUUAAAUGUGGAGGCAGUGGUCGUUCCACAAGAUCUUUUAUAAAAAAGUCUCGAGAAAAAGCUUUAGCCAGACACGAUACCAUAGUGCGUCUACUUAUACGUCGUUACGUGACAGCUGAACAAAGGAAACGAGAUGAGUUUGGUAUUACGGAGGAUGAUGUUAGGGAAAUUCGUCAGGACAUUUCGAGUUUUCGAUUUGAUCUGAUCGAUAUCCUUAAGAAAAACGGAAUGUGCACACCGACGCUUGACAAAGAAGAGACGAACAGUCAGUAUUUACGCAUAAUAAACCUAUCAUAUAUAUAAUUCAUCACAAUAUAAGGUAUCUUAUAUAGUAGAAGAAAUUUUCAACAUCACAACGCUAUAUAGUUCUAGAAGCGGCGAACUAAAGUAAAUCACGUGAUGAGAAAUGAAGAAUAGAUGACAUAUUGAAAUCUCUAGGGCAGUAUUCAUAGGCUCGUAUUUAUAGUCGGAUCUUAUUUCAAGAGUGUCUUAAGUAAUGUCUAAGGCUGAUUUAUGAUGGCCGUAAUAAGUGCCCAUCUAUAACAGGUGUUUUAAGCCCUAAGCCAUAAGAAAUUGACCAAUCACAGUCAAUUAUUCUCUU